UCCAUGUGUUCACCACAAUUGGCGCUGCCUGGCCUGACUAGCUUUUUACCACAUAAUUUUGUAAAGAGGAAAAAAUAGAGGAGAAAGUUUCUCAUUUUUAGACGAUAAAAUUUGCCAAAUAGUGCAAUAAUUCUCAUAUUUGUGCAGUGUCCAUCUGUCGUGCGUCUCUUGUUCAGUGAGAUUUAGUGAAUAAUCCAGAGAAAGAAAGAAACCUGCGACUUCGAGUGUGUGUGUCCAGAGCAGCCACGACAGCGCAAAAUGCCCGGAGCAACAAAUGGGACGGAUCAGAAUGAACAGCAGCAGCCUCCGCGGGGUACAGAGGCACUUCUGGCGCAUAUCAGUCAGCACAAGAUCGAUGUGGCCCUGUGGGCCACCAGAGUCCUGACCAUUGUCUUCGCAUUUGGCUACCUUAUUCCCAUCUUCGGGAAUGUACAGAGUUCGUACUACAAGGUGCUCGUGGCAAAUGCCGCCACUUCGGCCCUUCGUCUGCACCAGAGAUUACCGAGGGUGUCCUUAACGAGGGAAUUCCUGUCACAUCUUCUCGUUGAGGAUUCAUGCCACUAUCUCUUCUAUUCUCUCAUCUUCUUGUACGUCAGCCCAGUGAUCCUCAUUCUGCUGCCUGUCGUCCUUUUUGCAGUAUUACAUUCCGCCAGUUAUUCCCUCACGCUGCUCGAUACUCUCGGACAGAAUUCAUGGUGGGGAGCAAGAUUGCUGAUCUCAAUUGUUGAAUUCCAGACAAGGAAUAUCCUUCGAUUAGCUGCAUUUACCGAAGUUUUCCUCAUGCCAUUCACCAUUGUCCUCGUUCUUUUGGGCAAGGGUGGCCUCAUGACGCCACUGAUAUACUAUCACUUCCUGACGCUGCGCUACUCGUCGCGACGCAAUCCCUACACGCGGAACAUCUUCUACGAGUGCCGCCUGGCAGCUGAGAUGUUGGCCAAUAAUCCGUCAAUGCCUGCCAUUGUCAGCAAAAUUAUCCGGGCUGGAAUUAGUUUUGUGUCUCGUCUGGCGCCUCCCAUGCCGCAGACCGCGCAACAAUAAUGCAACCGUUAAAAAAAAAUUGUGUGGCGGGCACUAAAGCAUUAGUUAGGUGACUACUUCAAAAGUUGUUGGUUUUUUUUUUUAACUAUCUUCUCAAUUUCCCUUAUUAUUGUUUUUUUUUUGCUACUGGUUAAGGAAUGACCCGUUGAACAAAUUGUACAUUAUGUUGAUUUUUUUUUCAUUAUUACUUUGUAUAUCACAUGACCCUUUUUCCAUUCAUCUAUAAAAUAGUGUUUUUUUUUAAAUUUCGCAAUCGAUGCGAAAUAUCUAAUGAAAGAGACAUUUAAAUAGGACAAAAGUUUGUAAUUUUUCUGUACAAAAAUCACACCAUAAUAAAGAAAAAGUGGAAAUAAAAAAAAAA